UGUUCUCGGUUCUUCGGUUGACGCCCCCUAAUAGUAAUACACUUUUGCUGCUGCUCAUUCCUCAUUCGGUGUGCUCGGCACUCUGCGAUGACUGGCUGUAAUAUUGUGCUCCCACACAGUUACUGACCACAAUACACGAUGGAAGGGUGGUUCUCGAGUAUCAAGCGGUCACCCUUGGCCACCCUGUUGCUGGCCAUCACGUACUUUAUGUCGGGGCUAGUCAUCAACCUAGGCCAACUCGUUCUCUGGGUAGGAGUGCGACCUCUUAAUAAAUCUCUCUACCGGCGGCUUAACUAUUAUUUGGCCUACAGUCUCUAUAGCCAGUUGGUAUUCCUAGCCGAAUGGUGGUCAGGCUGCGACGUGAUGGUUUACAUUAACCGCGAGGACUUCGACAAGUAUUACGGCAAAGAACAUGGCUAUCUCAUCAUGAACCACGCUUACGAUAUAGACUGGCUCAUGGGCUGGGUGUUUUGUGACCGAAUACGUCUUCUUGGGAAUUGCAAAACCUAUGCCAAGAAAGUGUUGCAGUACAUACCAACCAUGGGUUGGGCGUGGAAAUUUGGCGAGAGUGUUUUUCUUGAGCGCAACUGGGAGAAGGACAAGGAAAUCAUCAGCAAACAGUUGAAGGAACUGGUCGAGUAUCCUAGUCCAAUUUGGCUGCUCCUGUUCGCCGAAGGCACUCGCUUCAGUGAGCACAAACAUGCAGCCAGCAUGAAAUUUGCCAAGGAAAGAGGAUUGCCGUUGCUCAAGCACCACUUGGUGCCCAGGACAAGAGGAUUCACCAGUAGCAUCCCUCAUUUGAAAGAGAAGAUGGGAGCCAUUUACGACGUUCAGCUCGCUUUCAAAAAGGAUGACAAAAUCGAACCAUCCAUGAGCAACUUGCUGAUUGGCAAAGGAGUGACAGCCCAUCUCUACAUCCGUCGAAUCCCCAUGGACGGUGUACCGACAGAUGAGCAGGAAGCAAAUCAGUGGCUCCACGAACUGUACCAAAGAAAAGAUCAAAUGCAGGACAGCUUUUACAAUACGGGUGACUUUUUCAAGGAAAACGACCUUGAUAGAGUGGAGCCCUUUUUGCUGCCUCGCCGCAAAGCUUCCCUUAUCAACUGGUGUGUUUGGUUUGUUGUAACCUUAGUGCCAAUGAGCUAUUGGCUAGCGUGCCUCCUUACAUCCGGUUCCACGGUGAAAUUCAGCAUCGGAGCAGCAAUCAUUGCCAGCUUCUUCUUCCUGUUGUACAAAAUAGUCGGCAUGACCAAGAUAAGCAAGGCCUCUUCCUAUGGGAGUGAUGCUAAACGUGACUGAAGCCAAACAUGAUAGAUGAACUUAGCGCUCUAAAGACAAAAAAUUAAGUUUUUGAACUGAUUGAAUGGAACGACUAGAAUGAUUAACAAAUUACACUCACACAAUGAAUGUACUUAUAUUGACUGUGUUCCCGAGAAGCUACUUUUGAUAUGAAUGUUUAUUCUCAUAUAUUAUGUGGUGCAGGGCUAGCAGUGUUCUGUAGUAAUUAUAAUCAGUGUUGUAACAUUAUAUGUUGACAAUUUGGAA